CCUAUAUAAAAACCUGAACACUUGGAUUUCUACAGACCAAUUUAUUUGCUGCUCAUCUCUCAUUUUCUUGCAACUUUCUCAACCGCUAGUCAAGAAAAAGAGAAACUUGCAAAGAAAAGAGAAUAAAAAUGGCAGCUUUCCCAACAUACCAAAGCUUUCUUGAUUCAACUUCAUCUUCAUCAUCCGUAGUGUUUCUAGAACCUAAUUCCUCCAUGUACAAGAUUCCCUCUGGAAAUUUCAUGGGUGAAAACACCCACAAAUUUUCCCAGUUUUACCUGCAGUCUGAAUCUGGUCAGGAGCCCUCCCCGUUUCUGACCACCGACAAUAAUAUCACCGAGGCCGCCGCCGCCGCUUCCACCUCCGCCUCCCCCUCUUCCUCGGUGACAACUACUAGACAUGAGAGUGGGGACCACGUGACUCACCAAUCUGCUACCCCAUCAAUAAUGCCCAGGAAAAGGAAAUCCAAGAAUCACUCUUCUUCUUUCAACUCCCUUCCAUCUUCCAAGAAUAAUAAUAAUGGAAGGGAAGGUGAAGAAGGAAAGAGGCAGAGAAAAGGAAAUGCAGUGAAAGAAGGGAAGGAGAAAAAGACCAAAGAGGACAAGAAAUGUACAGAAGAGGCCCCUACAGGAUACAUCCAUGUAAGGGCACGAAGGGGCCAGGCAACUGACAGUCACAGUCUCGCCGAACGGGUAAGGAGGGAGAAAAUAAGUGAAAGGAUGAAAUUACUGCAAGAUCUUGUCCCUGGUUGUGACAAAGUUUCCGGGAAGGCCCUCAUGUUAGAUGAGAUUAUCAACUAUGUCCAAUCCUUGCAAAAUCAAGUUGAGUUUCUGUCAAUGAAGCUUACUUCAGUGAGUCCCAUGUUUUAUGACUAUGGCAUGGAUUUGGACCCUAUCAUGAGACCUGACCAGCAGGACAUGAAUAUAGAGAGGAUGAAUGGCGCAAUGGCAAAUAUUCAGCAGCAGGUAUUGUGUAACCCCACCGCCGCAGCUGUGGUGUCUGACGCAAAUACAGUGUUGACCGCCAUUCCUCCACCAAAUUGCGACGAUUUUCCUCUCUUGGAUUGCUCAGCGCCUCGCCUCUAUCAUCAACAAACUCCCCAUGCCCUAACUAAUCCCCUCAAUCUGGGCAAUGGACAGGUUUUGUGGGGCGGGGAAGAUCACAGACAGAAGUUCAUUAAUGAAAAUGGAUUCAGCAGCAACAACUUGUGUUCAUUCCAUUAAUACAUAUUAUAACCCCAACACAUAUAUUAAUCAUCUGUUUUGUGCAGUUUCGUUGGCGGGUUUGAUCUGAUGAUCGAGAGCAGGAAGGAAUAUAAUAAUAUUCCUUAGUUAAUUAGUACAGCAUAAAUAAUCUAAUUAAUUAGUUGUGCAUGGAGAUGGUGGACUAUGAUGUGAAAUCAGCUGGACCGUUGGAUCAUGCAAAUUCAUCCAACGGCUGAGAAGCUAGCUAGCACGCUCCAAAUCGACAUGAAUAGAUGUGAAGUAGCAAGUCGAAUUCAUGGAGGAAGUGAAAGAACAAGUCGACCAACGGGCCGGAAAGAAGACAGGAGGACCCAGCGACUUUAAUUUGUAGAUCCUUUCAUAUUUGUUCUGGCCCAGCCCAAAUUGAUUGAACAUCUUUUGUAUAUGGGGGACGGACGAUCUUUAGAGAUUUUGAAGUACUAGAAAAGCAACAUAUUAAUUAAAAUCUCAUACGUAGUACCAAGUAUUUCUUUAUUUAUUUAUCUAUUUAUCCUAAAUACGUACUCUAGUCAUUUUAUUUGAUGAUGGUAGAGAAUUAUAUUACAGAUACCUAUAAUCAAAACAUAGACUACAGUCAUAUUUAUAUUCUGAUAUAAACUACUAGUAUAGUACUACUUCUGUAUCUAUUUAUUUGUCACUUUCCUUUUUUGAUGUAUCAAAUUCAUUGUUUCCUUUCUUUUUUGGAAAGAAUCUCACUCAAAAAGC